AUGUAUCUAUCUACCUAUCUCUGUUUCUCUGUCUCUCUGUCUGUCUCUCUCUGUCUGUCUAUCUCUCUCUGUCUCUCUCUGUCUCUGUGGACACUUAUCGAUUUUCUUCUUCACCUUUCGUACAAAGGUGUUCAGAUAGAAUUAAGACCCCGAGCUCGCGUUUUUCUUUUAGCUGCUAGUAUUGGAUUAUCUAUCUAUCUAUCUAUCUAUCUAUCUAUCUAUCUAUCUAUGUCAUUCUGUUCAUAUCUAUCUAUCUAUCUAUCUUUAUAUUUCAUUUUGUUCAUUAUCUAUUUCAUCUUAAUAUUUAUAUUCUGUGUAUAUAUCUACGUAUCAUCAUGUUCAUAUCUAUCUAUCUAUCUAUCUAUCUGUCUAUCUAUCUAUCUAUCUAUCUAUCUAUCUUUCUCAGUCUGUUUAUAUCUAUCUCUGUCUGUUUAUAUCUAUCUAUCUAUCUAUCUAUCUAUCUAUCUAUCUAUCUAUCUAUCUCAAUCAGUUUCUAUCUAUCUAUCUAUCUAUCUAUCUAUCUAUCUAUCUCAGUCAGUUUCUAUCUAUCUAUCUAUCUAUCUAUCUAUCUAUCUCACUAUGUUUCUAUCUAUCUAUCUAUCUAUCUCAUCUGUUUAUACCUAUCUAUCUAUCUAUCUCAGUCUUUUUAUAUCUAUCUCAGUCUGUUUCUAUCUAUCUAUCUAUCUAUGUUUAUAUCUAUCUCAGUCUGUUUCUUUCUUUCUUUCUAUCUAUCUAUCUAUCUAUCUAUCUAUCUAUCUAUCUAUCUAUCAGUCUCUUGAUAUCUAUGUGCGGUGCACUUGCGAGAAUUGGAGAGCGUUUCGUGUAUAUCAAAUCCGGCGCCUCUCUGUCGAGUUAACAAGUUCAAGAGCAGUGAUUCUGAACCUUUUUCAUUGUCCAUACUCCCUUUCAAACCGCCAACCAUUUCUCACUGUUUUUUUAAACCACCAACCUAUUCUCGCACCCGUUCAAACCACCAACUUGUUCUCCCACCCGUUCAAACUAUCAACCAGGUCUCGCACCCCUUUCAAACCACCAACCAGUUCUUUUACCCCUUUCAAACCACCCAGUUCUCGCACCCUUUUCAAAUCACCAAACACUUCUCGUUCCCCUUUCAAACUAUCAACCUUUUCAAUCCACCAAAUUGUUCUUACACUCCUUUUAAACCGCCAACUUGUUCUCCCACCCCUUUCCAACCACCAACCAACUGUUCAUUUCUUUCUUUCUUUCUUUUUAUCUAUCUAUCUAUCUAUCUAUCUAUCUAUCUAUCUAUCUAACUAUCUAUUUCAGUCUGUUCCUAUCUAUCUAUCUAUCUAUCUAUUUCAGUCUGUUCCUAUCUAUCUAUCUAUCUCAGUCUGUUCGUAUCUAUCUAUCUCAGUCUGUUCGUAUCUAUCUAUCUAUCUAUCUAUCUAUCUAUCUAUCUAUCUAUCUAUCUCAGUCUGUGCCUAUCUAUCUAUCUAUCUAUCUAUCUAUCUCAGUCUGUUCCUAUCUAAGUCAUUCUGUUUCAUUAUCUAUGUUCAUAUAUUUAAUUCUCUAUCUUUUGAAACUUAUAAUAUUGCCAUACUUUCUGUCUAUAUACUCUUUCUUUCUUUCUUUCUUUCUUUCUUUCUUUCUUUCUUUCUUUCGCACACUCUUAGUUUCUCUUUCGCUCUAUAUCAUUUUCGUCAUCUUUCUUUUUUCUGUUUCAAUCACGUGCUACUUUUCUUUCUUUCUUUCUUUCUUUCAUCUUUUUUAUUUUCUCUCUCUUUCUUUCUCUCUUUGCUUGUUUCUUUCUUGUUCAUUCUUUCUUUCUUUCUUUCUGUUUCUAUGUUUUCCAUCUUUCUUUUUUUCUCUCUCAACAGGUACUUGUAUUUCUUUCUUUCUUUUAUCUUUUCACUCUUCUUUGUUUGUUUCUUUCUUUCUUUUUUUCUUUCUUUGUAUACGUUCUUUCUUUUGUCAUUUUAUUCUCUCUUUCUGUUACUCUAUCUUUCUUUCGGUCUCUUACACAAUCUUUCUUUUACUUCUUUACUUCUCUUUCUUUCUUUCUUUCUUUCUUUCUUUCUUUCUUUCUUAUCGAUUAAAUGCAACGAAAUUGAUAGGGCAUAUAUAUCAGGAUUAAUCAAAAAAGAAAGUAAGGGCGAAACAAAGAAAUGCAGAGCGGAGAAAAAUCUACAAAAGUGCGCGAAAAGAGAGAGAAUUAUAUCUAUCUAUCUAUCUAUCAGUAGAGUAUCUAUCUAUCUAUCUAUCUAUCUAUCUAUCUAUCUAUCAGUAGGUAGGUUUGCCUGGCUUCUGAGGAUUUAUUCAAGAGUAUCUAUCUAUCUAUCUAUCUAUCUAUCUAUCUAUCUAUCAUAUCUAUCUAUCUAUCUAUCUAUCUAUCUAUCUAUCUAUCUAUCAGUAGAACUAAUUUUCUCAUUUUAUCUAUCUAUCUAUCUAUCUAUCUAUCUAUCUAUCUAUCUAUCUAUCUAUCUAUGUCAUUCUGGUCAUAUCUAUCUAUCUAUCUAUCUAUCUAAAUUUGCCAAUCAUUCUUUCUUUCUUUCUUUCAUUUUUUCUUUCUUUCUUUCUUUCUUUCUUUCUUUUUUUCUUAUCAACCUCUGUUCUUUUUCUUUCUUUCACUUCAAUCUUUCUCCAAAAUCGACCUCUUUUUCUUUCUUUCUUUCUUUCUUUCUUUCUUUCUUUCACCUUUUCUUUCUCCGAUCACAUCAUCCUUCUUUCUUUCUUUCUUUCUUUUGA